GGGGACUGAAACAUUUUCUGAGAACCUUUUAGAAGGAAUAAGUCUGCUUCAAUAAAUGAAGGAGAAUAAAGAAAACUCAAGCCCUUCAGUAGCGUCAGCAAACCUGGACCACACAAAACCAUGUUGGUACUGGGAUAAGAAAGACUUGGCUCAUACACCCUCACAACUUGAAGGCCUUGAUCCUGCCACCGAGGCUCAGUACUGCCGAGAGGGGGCUCACUUCAUCUUUGAUGUGGGCACACAUUUGGGGCUACACUAUGAUACCCUGGCAACUGGAAUAAUUUAUUUUCAUCGCUUCUAUGUGUUCCAUUCCUUCAAGCAAUUCCCAAGAUAUGUGACAGGAGCUUGUUGCCUCUUUUUGGCUGGAAAAGUAGAAAAAACACCAAAAAAAUGUAAAGAUAUCAUCAAAACAGCUCGUAGUUUAUUAAAUGAUGUGCAAUUUGGCCAGUCUGGAGAUGACCCAAAGGAAGAAGUAAUGGUUUUAGAGAGAAUCUUACUACAUACUAUAAAGUUUGAUUUGCAAGUAGAGCAUCCAUACCAGUUCCUUCUCAAAUAUGCAAAACAACUCAAAGGUGAUAAAAACAAAAUUCAGAAGUUGGUCCAAAUGGCAUGGACGUUUGUAAAUGACAGUCUCUGCACCACCUUAUCACUGCAGUGGGAACCAGAGAUCAUACCAGUAGCAGUGAUGUAUCUUGCAGGACGUCUGUGCAAAUUUGAAAUACAAGAAUGGACCUCCAAACCUAUGUAUAGGAGAUGGUGGGAACAGUUUGUUCAAGAUGUCCCUGUUGAUGUUUUAGAAGACAUCUGCCACCAGAUCCUGGACCUGUACUCACAAGGGAAGCAACAGAUGCCUCACCACACCCCUCAUCAGCUGCAGCAGCCCCCAUCUCUUCAGCCCACACCACAAGUGCCACAAGUACAGCAGUCACAGGCGGCUCAAGGCUCUGACCCAGCCCCGGCCCAGCAGAAGGACUCGCAGCAGCCAGCUCCACAACCUCAGCAGCAGCAGCAGCAGGAGCCACAACCACCACCACCACCAGCCCAGCAAGAGCAGCAGCCUCCACCACCACCCAAGAAACCAUCUCCACAGCCUAGUCCUCCUCGACAGGCUAAGCGUACCGUGGUUGUUUCUCCCAAAGAAGAAAACAAAGUCACAGAACCACCAGCACCUAAAAUCCCCAAACUUGAGACCACCCACCCGCCUUUACCCCCAGCACAUCCACCUCCAGACCGGAAGCCUCCCCUGGCCACUGCCUUAGGUGAUGGUGAGCCACCUGGUCCAGUGGAAGCUGGUGACCUCCCCAAAGUCCAGAUUCCACCUCCAGCCCAUGCAGCCCUUGUGCACCAACCCCCACCGCUGCCACAUCGGCCUCCACCCCCGCCCCCCUCAAGCUACAUGACUGGGAUGUCCACCACCAGCUCCUACAUGUCUGGAGAGGGCUACCAGAGCCUGCAGUCCAUGAUGAAGACCGAGGGCCCUUCCUAUGGUGCCCUGCCCCCAGCCUAUGGCCCACCCGCUCACCUUCCCUACCACCCCUAUGUCUACCCUCCCAACCCGCCCCCACCCCCUGUGCCCCCAUCCCCAGCCUCCUUACCCCCACCCACCAUUCCCCCCCCACUCCAGGGACCCCCGCCUCCCCCCACCUACAACCCCAAUUUCCCACUCCCACCCACCCCCCGCCUGCCCCCCGCCCAUGCAGUCCCACCUCACCCUCCUCCAGGAUUGGGCCUGCCACCAGCUGGCUACCCGCCUCCUGCUGUCUCCCCUGGAGGACAGACACCUGUGCCCCCGCCUACCCCCACACCUGGCAUGCCACCUGUUGGGGGGCUGGGGCAGGCAGCCUGGCUGAGAUAACAUGAUGCCUUUUCCCUUGUUUUUUAA